GUUCAUCAUUUAGUUUCUAUUCAUGUUCAAUUAUUUAGAAAAAUCUUGUGAUUUUAGCAUCUCAGUUAAUUACGUCCCAUCUUAAAUAAUAUAUGUUUACAUGUACUAGGACAUAAUCGGCUUUAAUAUCCGUCCCUGCACGCUGGCUGCCUGGAGACUCUGCUCCUCCCCAUGUGGUGCUCCAGAGGCUGGGACCUGGCUAAUAUCUGGAACCAGUGAUCCGUAGCAGCAGUAACACCCCCCCCCCGGGACGUGGCUAAUCUCUGGAUCAGCAUGUCUGGCAUGUUUUGCUUCUGUCUGCACGGCUCGCUGCUGAAGCUCCCGGAGACGGAGGGGGACACGUCCCUGCGUCCAUCCCCGGAGGACGGCCCCCCUGCUCUGGGCAGCAAGGACCAGAAGAGUCCCUGUGGGCCGCUGGAGCUCGGAGGGAAGGACGGGAGGACACUCGGUCUCUGCCACAGCGUCCCCGUGGACGAAAACAGCCCUCCAGAUCUGCUGCCGGUCCUGAGCAGAUGUCCCUCGUCCCCCCGCCACACGCCGUUAACGUCCGUGCCCCCCCAGCAGCCCCCGCCCCCCCUGCUGCAGCUGCUGGGGGGCGGGGCCAGUCCCCUGCCGUCCCCCCGCUGCUCCAGCCUCAGCCAGCGGUUCGACUCCGACCCCGACAGCGCUCCGUCGCCGCCCUGCAGCCAGCCCUACAUGCUGUGCCGGGGUCCGGACCGGGUCCAGGGCUCGGAGGACCCGGCGUGCCCCCCCUCCAUCCCGGCCCUCACCAGACACAUCCAGGCCCUGAAGAAGAGGGUGCGGCGGUUCGAGGACCAGUUCAAACAGGAGAGGAACUACAAGCCGUCCCUCGAUGAUAAAUACUCGGACCCGGAGAUGAUCGGCGUGACGGGGGAGCUGGCCCGGGCUCGCAGGCAGCUCAAAGGUACGAACUCUGGAUGGUUCCUGAACGCCUCGCGGCUCC